AUCCUUUUCCCCCUUUUCAUUUUUUGUUUGAAGGUUGGAAAAUACGGUAAAUCAAAGACGUGAAAGUCGGCCUAAUUCGUGAGGUUACUUGGCAGUGCUGAGUUAAGAAAAUGGCUCAGACAGGCAUUCUUCUUCUUACUGCUCCGUUAAAUCAGCUCCGUCAACGCAUUCAGAUCAUCCUAUCUAGUGCAGCAAAGAGCAUACAACGAGUCCUGUAUGUCCAAAUUCAACCUGGACUAGAAAUCACAGAGAAUGGUUCCUCUCUGCCGUUCCCUGUCUCAAAGGAGCUUGCCAGUUUCAUCACACAGGUUUACUCCUACUCUGGGAACUCACACCAUUCUCUUGAUGUCAGGAUCUUACUCAGUAAUAUCUCAAGCAACUUGGCCGUCACUCCUUCAGUACCGAGCCGCCCUCAGCUUCUCAGCUCGUCCCCCCAGCUGGUGAUGACAGAUAGUCUUCUGCCAUCAGAUCAGAUUCUGAGACAUCUAUCACAAUGGAUCGUUAUACCGCCAGAACCUCCAGUGGAAAAACUCUUUACCUCACCUUCUACUGAUGAGACAAGUUCCAACACAGCUGGAUCAACUGCAAGACUGGCCACAUCCUCAGGGACAGAAGCAACAAUGGCAAUACAAGGUCAAGGAGACAGUGUUUUCAAGACGUACCGCCAUGUUUGUCUUGGUGGAACCUUCGACAGGCUGCAUGCAGGCCACAAGAUACUGUUAUCGGAGUCAGCGUUAAGGGCAACAGAGAAGAUCACAGUUGGGGUUACCGAUGGUCCGAUGCUUGAAAAGAAAACCUUAAUGGAGCUUAUCCUACCUCUCAAACAACGUUUGGAAGAUGUCACUGGUUUCAUCAAAGAUGUGAAGCCUUGUUUACUACACAGUGAAGCAGUCGUACCAAUCACAGAUCCAUACGGUCCUAGUAUCACGGUCCCUGAUAUAGAAUGCAUUGUUGUUAGUGAGGAAACUAGGAAGGGAGGAGACAGUGUCAAUAAACGUAGGGUUGAAAAGAAUAUGUCUGAACUUGCCAUCCAUUCAAUUGAUAUUGUACCAGACCAGAACCAUGCUGAACACGAAGAAGCCAAAGUUAGUUCAUCUUCCACCAGAGCUAGACUGCUUGGCAAGCUACUAAAACCAACAAAGAUCGUAGGGGAGAAACCCAUUCCAUACAUCAUUGGUCUAACUGGUGGUAUUGCCAGUGGGAAGUCAUCGGUGUGUAGAAGACUUGAGGGCCUUGGUGCAGCCAUCAUAGACUGUGAUAAAUUAGGUCAUCGAGCUUACGAGCCAGGGACACUAGCACAUCAACAGAUCAUUGAAGAGUUUGGACAAGAUGUACUUGGUGAAGAUGGUAGAAUAAACAGAGCAGUACUUGGACCAAAAGUAUUCUCUAACCCUGCUAGACUACAGGCUCUUAAUAAAAUAGUUUGGCCCUCAAUCCAAAGACUAGCUCAAACUCAGAUUGAUGAGUAUACUACACAGGGUAAAUCAAUAUGCAUUCUAGAUGCUGCAGUACUAUUAGAAGCAGACUGGGAUCAAUUCACUCAUGAAGUAUGGACAUGUAUUAUUCCAAAGACAGAGGCAGUACAGCGGAUCAUGGAUCGGGAUGGUCUGGUUGAAGAGCGGGCUCUACAGAGGAUAGAAUCUCAGAUGACCAAUGAAGAAAGAAUCGCUAGGAGCAAUGUAGUCCUAUGUACUAUCUGGGAACCAGAAAUCACACAGAAACAGGUUGAGAGAGCUUGGUCGGGUCUCCAGUCACGUAUUCAGGAAUCUAGUAAACCUGAGCAACCUAAGCUAUGAAACAAGCCUUUUUAAACUCCUUCUGUAGAGCUGAGGUUAAAGAAAGUUUCAUCCUUACUUUAGGGGAGCUCCUUUUAUCAAGGGACCAAAGAGGGUAAACAAUUGAUGUGGAAACGAAUGAAGGAAACUCAACAAUGUUCAUGAUGUAACAAGGUAAUAUUUGUGGUUCAAACUCUUGAUGAAGAUGAUGAUAUUUUAGAUCAUGUUAACAUUCAAAGGUGCAGACUGGGUCAGAGGCAACUUCUUUAACAUUCAAAGGUCUGAUUGGAAUUAUCGGAAAUUUCUCUGUUGUAAUACUACUAAAAUCUGUUUAUUGCACCCAACAUCUCACUUAAACACAGUUAAGGCCGCAUAAUUUGACUUUCUGCAUAAAUCGCCAUAGUCAAGCCAAUUUUACAGACCUGGAUCUCAUAACACAAAGGUUAGGAAUUAAUAGUACACUUGAUUUUCACGAUUAAUUGUACAUUUUAGUCAGUGGAAUCGAUCGUAGAAAAAUGUUCUACGAUCAUUACUAAGAUUUGUGGGUAACUUUGCCAAUUCGUCCACUCACCACAUGGUCUACCUUCAUUUUGUCUAAUGCCAUUCUGUCCAUCAACAUUUCGUCUA